UGGCGUGGUCUAUGAGUGGCUGACGUUUGUUCCACCAGAGGAGAUGAAGACUAGUCCAGUUGAACUCGUCAUGACAGAGAACCAGCGUCCAGGGGAGCGUGUUGAGUUGGUCCACUUUCCAGAAGUGAAGCCCUCGGAAACAUUCGCAGGCUUUAAAAAAAAUCGCACACCGGUCGCGUCUAAGCCUUUUAUUCAAACAUUCCUUUGUUUGAAAUUCCAAAUUCGCCAUUAUUUGUUGUUUUUUUUUUAUUAAAAGCCUUUGUUAGCAAAACCCUUUGGUUGACAGCAUGUAAACAAUAAUUCUUGCCUUUCAUUGGUUAAUUUUGAACAGUUCAGAACUAGUGUUUAGAUGGGAACAUCAGAUGAGAUGAGAUGACAUUGGCCUGUUAAUGGAUCGUCCUCUAAAUCCAGAUACAAUGAUUAUACUUUGUCCUGCCUCACAGUCAGCUCCAACGUCAACGACUUGUUUGUUCCAAUGCUAUAUAUUUCAUGAUAUUUCCCCCUUAAUCUUUGUCUUUAGGUUUUCCUCUUUCAAUUUAUGUCGCUGGAAAAUGUAUUGGUCAUGUCUUUAGGGUAAUAACGUUUGCAUUGUGGUGCGUCGGUGAGGCGCACUGUAACGAAAUAUAAUCAUAAUAAAAAAAAUAAUAAUCAAAAUAAAGCGCUUAGGAGCACUGGGCUACGGCGUCACCGGAAGAAGGUAGCUGGGCGGGAUGACUGGGAGAUCAAAAUGGCGGAUUAUGUGGAGUUUUGAAAUGAACCUGGUUUUGAAGGAGCAAGAAGUUGUCACAAAAAGAAGGCCAGCAUGAAUCUUCAGCAGUCAGCUCCUCCGAUACCUCCUGUCCAUCCUGAUGUGCAGAUGAAGGCACUGCCCUUCUAUGAUGUCCUCGAUGUGCUGAUCAAGCCUUCAAGUCUUGGAGCUGGUGCUGCACAGAGAUACCACCAAGAGAAAUACUUCAUCUUUGCCUUGACACCUCAACAGGUUCGAGAAGUAUGCAUUUCUAGGGACUUUCUGCCUGGAGGCAGGCGGGAUUACAUGGUUCAAAUUCAGCUGAGGUUUUGCUUGUCAGAAACCAGUUGCCCACAGGAGGAUACCUACCCAAACAGUCUCUGUGUCAAAGUGAACGGAAAGCUCUUCCCGCUGCCGGGUUUUGCGCCACCUCCUAAAAAUGGUGUGGAACAAAAGAGACCAGGACGUCCUCUAAAUAUUACAUCCCUGGUCAGACUCACGUCUGCUGUACCCAAUCAGAUUUCAGUGUCAUGGGCUCCUGAAAUUGGAAAGACUUAUUCAAUAUCUGUGUACCUGGUGAGGCAGCUAACAUCCCCUCUGCUCCUGCAGAGGCUGCGGAUGAAGGGCAUCAGGAACCCAGACCACUCCAGAGCCCUCAUUAAAGAGAAACUUACUGCAGAUCCAGACAGUGAGAUUGCGACCACAAGCCUUCGAGUCUCACUUAUGUGUCCGUUAGGAAAGAUGCGCCUGACGGUGCCAUGCCGGGCCAUGACCUGCUCUCACUUGCAGUGCUUUGAUGCAGCCCUCUAUCUGCAGAUGAAUGAGAAGAAACCCACUUGGAUCUGUCCUGUGUGUGACAAGAAAGCUACGUAUGAAAGUCUCAUUAUCGACGGUUUGUUUCUUGAGAUCCUGAAUGGUUGCACGGAUGCAGAUGAAAUCAAGUUUCAGGAGGACGGCAGUUGGUGUCCGAUGAGGCCAAAGAAAGAAGCUGUGCAGGUGCCCUCUCAAACUGUGGCCAAAAUAGAGACUCCACAGCGACAGUCGGCAGUGAUUCUGCCUCCUCCUGAAUCUGGCCCGCCCAAAAAGGCAGACGUCAUCGAUUUAACUCUAGAGAGCUCGUCGUCCGAUGAUGAGGAUCAUGACCCUCCUCUUAAGAAGAGCUGUGUUUACAUUUCCAAGAGUGAGGAUCUGCUAACGAAAGGAGUCCUGACUUACCAGCCGUCAACGAUGCGUGUCCCCACUGUCCAGACGCUCGACCCGUCAUUCCUGACAUCCACCCUCGCUGACUACACGGUGCCCUUCCGCACGUCCACCCUGGCCACCAUCCCUGCCGAUAUGCAGAGUUUGGAUUUGUUGUCUUUAAUUCAUGCUGAUCCACAGCAUUACCGGCCGACGAUGUACAUGGACAGCCUGACCAGCAGUAUGCAGAGUGCUGCAUCAGCCAGCACCAGCUUGUCUCUCGUCUCAUCGUCCAGCAGCCACUAUGAGCCCAGCAACCACAGUAGCGCUUCCAUCCAUGACAGCCAAGUCAAGGCGCGGUCUGCAGGGGGCGCUGGAGGAGCUGACAGUAACAUAUCAGAUAUCAUCUCACUAGACUGACUCCUAGAUUUUUUUUACACUUUCGUGGAGGCGGUUCUGCAAAAUGGCCUUGGUCCUCAAAGAGGGACCAGGAGCGUCACCAGACCGACCCAGAAACCACAGUAGCAGCUGUCGGACAACGGAGACUGACUUGGCGUUAAAGGUUCCACAGAGACUGAAGCUUUGUCUCUGAUGGUUUCUUCUCGCUUCCUCUCAUACAGGUGUGUUUGUCUCACUUUCACACAGGCAGCCCUUCAGAGACCUUUUCUACGACCUAAUCUGGUGCCUGGCGAUUUUGUAAACGUGUCUAAUUUGAAGUUGUUUACUGUUUCACGUAUUGUCACACCUGUCGAUUCAUUUGUAUGAAUCCCAAACCAUCUGGACCCCUGGUCAGCCGGCCCCACCAGGCCAAUGGGAAUGUUCAGGAUCCGGAUCGGGUCAGCGAAGCCACUGCCUCAGAAGCAUCCCAGAGCUCAGCAGCUCCUCAUUGGUCCUCACGCCCAAACAGAUCAAUUUGAUUUCAGCCUUCAGCCUCGGAUCAGAGAAGCAGGGAGUGUCCAUGGUUUUAGUUAUUUAUUUAUUGUUCUCUCUAUGGCAUCACUGGAUGUCCAGGUGCUUCCCACUGCAACAUGAAAGCUGCUGGCAGGGAACGGGCGUUCACACAUGGCUUUGGCCAUGGGACGUGUGUUGGAUGGAACACAUGAAACCAUGCGUCUAGACGCCCGAAACAUGUUUUCGGAAUCAGUUUCCUCUUACGAAGGUGAUCUAGAUCUCUCUUCAGGUCGGACAUGUCAGGGCAGUGUGUCUCCAACAGGAAGCCUCUCCUCUGUGAUGUGGCGCGAAUAGAACAACCGAGUGAGGAGAGGCUUUGUCUUAGAUGCCCUUUCAUAAGGAACUCUGCCAUGAUAUCAGUGGGUUCAUUAGAUGGAACCGCAGCUCUGUCAAACUUGGAUCAACUCCAGAGAUGAACUCCUGACUUAAAGUGACUUUAGUCUCUCUCUCUCCGUGUCCUCAUCUGGACUGAGUGAGCGUUCCACUGAGUGUGUGACUUGUUGAGGCCCACAAUACAGGACUCAACUCAAGUUUAGAUCCGGACAGUUGAAAGACUAAACAUGUUUAUCACUGAAUCUAAUCCAAUUUGGAUGAUGGGUCAGAAAACUCAUCUGGGCAGGAUGGAUGGAACCAGUCCCUGUUACUGAGCAUGUCUUGUGUUUAAAAAAAAAAAUGAUGGUUAUGAAGUGGCCUGCAGAGGUGAGCCCAGACCGCUGUAUGUGCUUUUCAGACGUCUUGUUGUGACUGUGCAUGUUGUCUGAUGCCAAAAGAAGCGUGCAGGGGAGGCCUGUCCGGUCCUGAACCAGCCCCUCAGCCAGGGGGUUACAACAUUUCUCUCAUGAGUUUACGUCCAUGUGCCUCUUCCGAUGGUCUCACCUCGUUCCACAUGUGUUUUCUCCUCCUCUGUUAGAGACUUAUAUGUUUGGAAAGGUCAUCGCAGCAAUGAUUUUUUUCCACCCUGUUGUGUGCUGCACAUGUAUUCUUUUUACCCAGUUACGUGAUCUGCAAUGUGAAAUUACACUCCUUUUGCCUUGUG